CUCGUCAAAGCGAGAGCUGUAGCAAUAGCAAAACGAAAUACUACGGGAGUAGCGUAGUUUUUCAAACGCUGAUUGAUUCUUAAUAGUCAAAGUUAAAAAUAUUUUUUUAAUUUUUAUUUUUUUAAUUCUCUUGAAAUAUAAUUUAUUUUUUCAAGUGCAUCCACCGGCAUCGAUGCCAUAGAGUGACCAUACGUACAGAGGUUUUUUCGAACGGGCAAACAACGGUCACACUGGAAAAAAAGCAACUCAAGAAUCAGAAUUGCGAAUUGCCAUUUGUGAUUUUGGGUCAAAUCAACAGACAAUGAAGCUGCUUCCAUUGCUCUGGCUGCUGUGCGGCCUGCUCCUGGUAGUCGCCGACCAGGAUCCACCGGUUGCCUCGGCCCCCAAGGCUCCCAUUGCUGGCAAUGGCACUGUUGCGACAUUGGGAAAUGCCACUUCGCCUGCUGCUGGCGCAACAGGAACUCCCAUAGCAGCAGGAGCGCCUGCAGAUAAGGCUCAGACCAACAACAACCAAUCGCCGCCCAAGGCUACCCAAGUUGAGCAGCAGCAGCCCAAGGAAGCCACUAAGACCUCGCCAGCGCCGGAGAAUGUGGGGAAGAACAGGAAGCGCACGGAUACGGACACCCCCAAGGCCGCAGGAAACGCCCCAGUAGCUGCCUCGACUCCCAAGCCUGCCGCAGUGGAGACGAAGGCCAGCACACCUGCUGCAGCAGCAGCCCCAGCAUCAACAGCAUCUUCCUCCAAGCCAAAAGCAAUCGAAAACUCUCCAACGGUCACCAAACCCGCGACGGCGGCCAAACCGACUGCCGGAUCAGCCAUUGUGUCGGAGGGCCAAUCAAUGAAGGAUGUCACCAAGGCGAACAAUGCAACCACCCACUCAGGCAGCACCAGCACCACGACUUCCACUUCCAAGACCACCAUUAAGACAACCGCAAAGCCCACUAAGCCACCUGUGGUCUUCAGCAUGGGCACUCACGGCGAGUGGGAGAAGGAACAGGAACAGGAGAAGGGAAAGCCCGGUGACAAGCCGCCAUUGCCCAAGCCCGUCUCCACUCUAGCCGAGCCAAUGGUGGUGCCCCAGGUGCAGGAAUUAACCGGAACCCUAGCUGAUCGCGGCGACACCAGCUACGUGGUGCCAAUUGUGACGGUGCUGCUGACAGUACCCCUGGCCAUUGGCGUGGGGACCAUCAUGUAUCGCCGCUUCCGUGACAUGUGGAGUACCCGGCACUAUCGUCGCAUGGACUUCCUGGUGGACGGCAUGUACAACGACUGACGAAGGCGAAGUCAGACAGGCAAGAGCAGCGCCGGCGGCUCCUCUUCUGCGCCAGCAAUGCCACGAAUUUGUUAACCCCCUGCGAGGAGUUUCAGCCAUCUGAUAAUUAGUUGUUAAAGUUGUACGUUGACUUGAUGCUUGCAUCAAAGAUGCAAGAUCUCUUGAUGGGACGCACGAAAGAGUGAGAGUGAGAGGAGAACUAGGAUAUUGCUCAGUCAAUUAAAAAAGGAGAAACGAAACGAGGAUAAUAUUCGGCUAAAUUGUAGCGUGGCUGGGGGGGAAUCCCCCCUCUCCAAGCGGCCAAAUUGAAAGUGAAACUGAUUUUAAAAAGCAAAAAUUGAGAUGUCAAGAAUUUUAUUUUAAUUUUUUUUGUGUGCGUACGUUUUAAGCAUUUCUUACCGAUAAGAGAGCGCAGACAUACAUUUGUAUAUGUAUCUGCUCAGAAAGAGACUAUUGCAUUAAUAUACACCAGCUAUUGUAUAUUGUAUAUUGGAAGCUGCGACCAAAUUGUAUCGAACUAUCAUCCAUCAAGCGCAAUUAGCAAUCACUCAUUCAGUCUAGGAUCUUAACAUUAACCGAAAAGUGCCUUACGAAGCAUCUAUAUAUAUGUAUACACUCUCUGCUACAACUCCAAGGCGACAGGACUUUCUUUCGAGAUGAAUUCCACGCAUUUACUUAACUCAAAAAAAAAAAAAAAAAAAAAAACAAAGCAGCAGCAGAAACCAAAACAAAAACACAACUCAACUCACAAGCAAUCGGCCUGAAACAAGCAAAAUUUAUUGCAUUACGAUAUAUAAUAUAUUUAGUAUAUACAUAUAUUUUUUGUUGUUAUCAAAUGUAACAAUUACAAUAAAGCGAAAGGCAGUCAAAUCAAAUUUCAAGCGAA